UGGGAAAUGCCCAUGGAGGUCGUCGCUGAUUCACCGUGAAGCUGUUUCAGGCUCUGGCAACAAGCAGCAUGCGUAAUGUAUGCACUGUAUGUGUUUUCACUGGAGGGGGACGAGGCAAGCAACAAGGGGAGGUGUUAUUUCUCCCUGCGUGUUUCCUCAAGUUGUGUAAGAACUUGUGUUGAUAUUUUUUCCAGCGCCGCCGUCUCUGAGGUGAACGACGGGGAGAAAAGCAAGGAUUCAUGUGCAGGAGCUGCAGCAGGAAGUAAAGUGCAGCUGGGAGCGUUUUUUUUUUUUUUUUAAUCCUGAAGCAACACGGACUGGAGGUCUGUGGCGAAGAGCCAGAGUGAUAGAGAGGAUGACAGCGGAGCGUCGGAACCUUAAAACAGGGAUGACACCACGCCAGGGAGGGGAGGGGGGGGCGAAGGGUUGACGAGAUGAGAGAGGAGUGGAAGUGGACCGCGCUUCUAAAGGAGGAGAGGAAGAGGAUGACGGAGGAAAGCGGGUCGGGUUCCAACACCCCUGGUGGAGAAAAGGGACGUGGAGGCGAGUCACUCACUCAGACAGACGUCAUAAUGCAUGUAUCUACUCAUGCACACAGUCUGCCUUUCAUAAACCUGUGAGGAGCCCAGCCGCUUGCACACACACACACACACACACACAACUGAACUUGGACCUGCACACACACACACACACACACACGCACGCAUUGCAUCAGAGGGGAUGUGCCAGCUGGAUGUGGUUUCAUUCAUUCUGCCGUGAUAAGCAGUCUCCACCCCUUCAUGAGCUCCAGGAGUGAGCGCAGUGUGUGUAUACCUGCCCACACACACACACACACACACACACGCGCGCGCACACACACGUAAUGAGCGCUGAGACGCACACGCCGUCUCCUUCUGCCUCUCUUACACGCUCUCGCUCGCUCCGAGCAGCAGGUCCCUGGAAGCAGCCAGACUGUCGGUGACUGUUGCGCUCACUCUUUCUCCGGCUGCUGCCAAGGGAGGAGAAAAAGAAGAAGAAGAAGAAGAAGAAGAAGAAGAAGAAGUAACAGAAGAAGAAGAAGUGGGGCUGAAAGGGACAGAGUGAAGCCCACAGACAGAAGAGGACGACAGACGCUGGGACGGAGCUCCAGCCUCUGCCCGUGUGGGAUGCGAGUGAUGCCCGGCGCCCUCUGGAGCAGCACAUAGUCGUCUUUCUGCCUGAAGGACUUUUGCCGGCUUCUGUUUUCCGAUCUCCCAGCUCCAGUGAUGAGGCGAGACCGUCUCUUAUUGGCUGCGGCCCUCACAACCAUCUUCUCGGCCGACUUCUACUUCAUCCUGCUGCCGAAGCUGCGGCGCGUGGGGCGGACGGCGCCGCCGCUGUGCUCGUGUGGUUUGGGCAACCUCAGCCUCGCCGCCCCGCGCGCGUCCGCACCGGACCCGGACCCGGGCGGCGCCGCGGCCGACCCGGCGGAGGACGGCUCCAGGCUGGAGAGGCUGUUCGCUCACCCGCUGUACAACAUCCACGCGCCGGCGCUGGAGCCGGAGGAGAGGCUGCUGCAGGUGGAGCAGCUGAUGGAGUACUACAGGAAGAAGAUGUCCCACUGGGAAAGGCACAUGAAGCUCUACGCGGAGGCGGCGGAGGCCUCCAACGUGUCCGUGGUCCAACACAAGGUGACCUUUGACCCCGACGCCAGCUGGCUGAGGUUCCACCUGGGGAUAAACCGCUACGCCCUGUACUCCCGUGAGGACCCUGCCAUCCCGCAGCUCCUCAGCAACAUGCGGGGCAUGAUGGUCGUCGGCGCAGAUUACACUCAGGAUGAGAAAGCCCUCAAAGGAGCGUGCGACUGCACACAAGUGGUGAAGCCCAGCGGACAUCACCUCAAACUGGCUCUGAAAAUGCACAACUUUGCCAAAGCAAUGUUCAAACCGAUGAGGCAGCAGAGGGACGAGGAGACCCCCGAGGACUCCUUCUACUUCGUUGACCUCCAGAGACACAACGCGGAGAUCGCCGCCUUCCACCUGGACAGGAUCCUGGACUUCCGCAGGGUCCCGCCGGUGACCGGGAGGCUGGUGAACGUGACGGGGGAGAUCCUCCAGGUGACGCACAAUGAAGACCUGCGCUCCGUCUUCUUCACCUCCCCAGCAAACAACACGUGUUUCUUCGCCAAGUGCUUGUACGUGUGCAAGACGGAGUACGCUGUGUGCGGAGGCCCCGACCUGCUGGAGGGCUCCCUGUCCGCCUACCUGCCCGGCCUCAGCAUCGCGCCCCGCCUCUCCAUCCCCAACCCCUGGAUCCGCUCCUACACCUUCACUGGACGAGAAGAGUGGGAAGUGAACCCCUUCUACUGUGACACCAUCAAGCAGCUGUAUCCGUACAACUCGGGCAACAGGCUUCUCAACAUCAUCGACAUGUCCGUCUUCGACUUCCUCACAGGCAACAUGGACAGACACCACUAUGAGAUUUUCACCAAGUUCGGGGACGAGGGAUUCAUUCUCCACUUGGACAACGCCAGAGGGUUUGGGAGGCACUCUCACGAUGAGAUGUCCAUCCUGGCUCCACUGACUCAGUGCUGCAUGAUAAAGAGCUCCACUCUUGUGCGGCUGAAGCUUCUGGCUGGACGUGAUUUCAGGCUCAGCGACGUGAUGAGGGAAUCGCUGGAGGGGGACCCUUUGAGGCCGAUCCUGACGGAGCCCCACCUCCUGGCGCUGGACCGCAGGUUGCAGAAGGUCCUCCGCGUGGUCCAGCGCUGCGUCCGGAGGCUGGGCAGGGACGAAGUGAUCACUAAGGACUUCAUCAAAUCCACUGUGAACCCUCAGACCGCCACAGACACCGAAAGGUCCAGGUAGCAGAGGAAGAAAUGCCCAGACCCCCUUCAGGCCACAGAAGACUUCAUGAUAAACCUUGUGAGAAACACCAGGCUCGGAUGGAUUUGGAUGGUUUGGAUUCGAGGAACGAGCCAUAAUGGGGUUUGAUGGAAUGUGAAUCGCCACCAGUCUCAUAUUCCACCACCACCUUUAACUCCUCUUGCUUCUUUCAUGGUCUUGUUAUAAAUUAUGACAGGAGCACAAGUGCACACCUUCAACAGGAAAAUAACCUUAGAGUCAGAGUCACAGGCAAAACAUUUCACUCAUACUAUCACAGGAACUCUGUCAGCAGUGGAGUUAAUAUUAAAAGAGCUGAGAUGCACUGGAUCAAUGACUGCGGCUGAACUUUGGGACUGAAACGUGUCCAUGCGAUAAUUGGAAAAUAAAGCUGUUUUAUGUGCUUACAUACUAGUAACAGAAAGGUUGGUUGGUUGGUUGGUUGGUUGGUUGAGUAAGUGAGACCGAGAAUGAAAAGUGCCACCUAUUAAAUAACCACUUUGUUUACUCCA